AUGGCAAGUGAACUUAAAUAAUCACAGUACAGUCAGAAGACCCCAUCGCGUGACUAUGUCAACUAAUCAUCCACUAAAAAGAACUUAGAUAAUUAUCUCAAUGGAACUUUAAAAACUUCAAUGGGUGAUCAUGGCUAACUUAAUGAAUCUAAACGAUUUGAAUAUCAGGCAAGCAGAUCAGGGAUAGGACAAAUGGAUACAUAAAAAUUGAUGGAUUUAGUUUAAAAAUACGGAGGGGCGGGUAAAGAUCUGCCAUCUGCAAGUAAGAGUGGGUUCAAUGGUACUCAAAAUACCAAUUACAAAAACACUGACUACUUACUGCAAGGAUCAACUCCUUCUCCUUUAGACAUUUAGGAUUUUUAAAUUGAUACAAACAGAUCUGUAGUUUUAGGUAACUUUGCUGGUAAAGGGCAUAAUCUGCAAUACUCUUAACAUAAUAACAUGACAUAGAAGGAGUUUUUGAAGGAAAUAGAGCAUUUAAAUGCCAAUUCUAAGCAAUUUUACGACAAAGUCAAUAAAAACUAAGAAGAUCGCUAGAAAAGAGUGCAAGAGUUAAAGAGAAAGCUGAAUAAGCAGGAUGAUUCGCUGAUAUUUUAAUAAAAUACAGAAGAGAACUAAAGCUAAGGUGCUGCUGGGGAUAAUCAUUUAUUCUAGGAUGAAGCAAGUUAGAUUGAGCAUCAAGAUGAAGAAGAUGAUCCUGAAAAGGAAAAGCAUAGAAUGCUAGAGAUGAUUAAUAAAAUAGUAGAAAGGUAGGAAUAUUACGAAGCUGCUUAGAGGGAAAUCGAGAACUAACUCAAUUAAUCAAAUUUUUUGAAUCAAAAUACCAACUUCAAUACAAUGAACAUUUAAGUCUAGUAAUCAAAUGGAAGUCCUAGAAAUACAUUUGGACCAACAGACUCAGAAGCAUACACAGUAUAUAACAGAUUGUAUUCAAAUGCAAGGAAGUAGUAAGAUAAAUCAUUUGACUAGCAACUUGAGUAAAACACUAAACUAAACAAAAUGCAGAGUGAACCCUUAAGAGAUAAAACUUAUUAACACAUUACUAAUAACUAGACUGAAGUGUUCUUGAUGACUGAGAAAUCUAACUUUAUUACCAAUAACAGAUUCAGUGGAGGAUUUACUUCUAAUUAAAACAAUACUACAUCAAAGUAUUAACCAGGGCAUGGACUAUAUUAAGAAUUUCUGGAGAGAUAGAGAAGGCAGAAAGCAACAAUUGAAUCAUCAAAGCAUCAAGUGGCUCUUGAAGCUUAAAAAUCCAAGGUAAAUUUCAAAUCGCAUCAGUUGGCUUACAAAAAGCUGGAAAGAGAUUUGCUGGCUGCUAUUAGGUAUGUAGACUACGAGGAUAAUAAAUAGAUGAAUACCACUUAGGUAGGUCAGUUAUUUUAUGUCUUGGGUGUCUUCAAAUAUUUGUUCAAUGAACAGUAUGAGUUGUAGAUACAGAAUUAACAGCGAAAGACAAAUUACACCAUCGAUAAACCAUUAAAUGCAACACAGAUAAAGGUUGAAGAAAGAAAGCUUAGAGAAGAGGAAUUUCUAAUGCAGUUCUGGCUUAAGAUAAAUCCCUAGGGAGAUGAGACAGUAGAUGCUGAGAUAAUUCUUGAGUUUUUAAAGCUAAUUUAUGAUCCCUAUUGUAUAGCCAAUGGUCUAGCAAAAUAAGAGAAGCUUGUUUCAGAGUAUGUAAAGGCUAUUAAGAAAGUCUAUGGAUAGGGGCCUGCAACGAAUGGAACUAUAAAUGAGGAAAACGAAGAUUAUUCAAGUGAGCAUGAUCCACAUUCAAAUAAGCUCAAGAAUGAUAUAGAUGAACUAAUAUGGAGUGAGUAAGAUCUUCUUAAGGCAAUAAGGUAUCUUACAGACAACUUCUCUGCUUUUAAAAAUGGAUCUAAAGGAGGGAUCAAGGUACCUACUGUCAAGCAAAGAAAAGGCUUCUAUGAGGCAUACAAGGAAUGUACAUUCAAACCACUUAUCAACAAAAAAUCAGAGUAGUUAGAAAAGUAGCAUUGGGUAAACUUCUUUCAUAAUCAACACUAAAAAGCCACCUAGAUCAUUCAUUAGAAUAGCACUAUGAGCAAUACUAAUGAACUCAACAAAUCUAACUUCGUUGGUAGAAUAGUGAGUUCCUAAGAGGUUAAGAAUAACUCUCAGGCUUCAGUAAUGAAUGACUCAAUAAGAAAUGCGUAUGACUACGAUAAUCCACUUGAAAGACAAGUUAUGGAUCUUUAGAACAAUCCCUCUAAUAUUAGAGUAGACCCUCAAUAGAGAGUAGAACUACUACUGGAGAAGUAAAAGAUCUAAAAAGAAAAGAUUAGAAAGAAGUAGUAAUAGAAAGAACAGCUAGAUUUGGAAUAGUGUACCUUUAAACCUGAUAUCAACAAGUCCUAAGCUUCAAAGAAUCAAGUGUUCAACAAUCAGUACUACUAUUAGAACUCAAACAAUAUCUCUAAUUAUCAAGAUAAAGCAGCUCAUGAAAGACUAUGGGAACUUAGCAAAGCUAAGAGACUAAAUAUGCCUUAGAGAAAGAACUUUGAUGAGCAGUUAGAAGACCUUCAAGAAUGCACUUUUUAGCCUAAUAUUAAUAAAGCUAGCAGGUCUGUACUAAUCAGAAAGCGAAGUAAUGAGCCUACUAAAGAUUUCUCUUCAUAAGACCAGUCUUAGCAAUAUAUCAAAGGAUAUGAGGAGACUAUACAGAGACUUAAGAAGGGGAAAGAACUCAAAGACUAAAAAAAGGAAAUGAUUGAAAAGUAAGAUAAAAUCAAUAGAAAUAAUAAUAUCUAUAGCCUUGGCAAACCAAAGAAGUAUAGCGGAGGACCAACUAAGAUGGUUCCAUUUGAUUUGCAAACACAAUAAAAAGAAUUCAGCUAUCAAAGAUAAAGUAACCCCAUAGUUGAUGUUGAGAUAACUAUUGCUACAGGAAAGACAGCUCACCUGACUUUAAAACAGGGAGAUGACAUUAAGAAAGUAGCUAAGAACUUUUGUAAGACUUACUCUUUGAAUGAAGCGACUCGUAAGACUCUUGAAGAUCAACUUUACUCCUAUAUCAGUUAAAUUAAUACUAACUCCUCCGAUUAGCAGUUGAGUUCUCAAACCAUUCCAACUGGCAACUCUUACUUUAAUCCACAUGACUAAGUAAUUGAGAACUCGCAGGAAGAUGGGGGCUCAAGUAUCAGAGCAAGUAGUAGAUUAGAAGGACUCCAUGGUAAUCAGUAGUAUCAAGCCAUGUUGAUAUCUAAUCAGUAUUUGGACAAUUAGAAUUAAAAUUGGGACUUUGAAGUGUAUAAUGAAGCUGAUGGAGACAAUAAUACAAAUACACACACUCAAACUAAUACAAACGCCAACAGCAAUAACAACUACAAUCACUUGCAUCAAGCAAAUGUGAACAUGAAUAUACAAGGGGGAGGUAACACAGCGAGCAAUGUAAAUCAAGGGGACAAUGAAGAGGAUGAAGAUGAAGACUAAGUUAGACAAGGAGAAGAAGACGAUUAUCAUCAUGAGGAAGAAGAUGAGGAAGUGGAUUAGGAUGAAUAAUACGAGGAGGAAGAAGACUAGGAAGUCAACUACCAAGAUGACGAGGAUUUCAAUUGA